GAUCGUCGUCAGUUACAGAAGAGAGAGACCAAGAUAUACAAAUGUGACUUACUAGGGUUUAAUGCGUUAUUAUAUGUUUCUUCUCCGAGUUUCUUACAUUUAAGCUCUCUCUGUUUCCAAAAGUAGAUACCAAAAAAUCAGGUAAGAGUUUCAGAGACAUCCUUCGAAAGAGAUCAUCAGACAAGACUUAAGCUCCAUUAACACGUCUCUUUGAUUCACAUUUGAAUCAUGAACGAUUCCGACAGCUGAACAAAAUGCGUGACUGAGAAGAUCCAAAUCCUAAUUUUCUUUUCUCUGGAACUAGUUUGGAAUUUGGAACUUCUCGUACGUUUUUGCUUGCUUGUGUUUCCGGACAUCAUCCCCGUUUGGUAAAAUCCUCUCAAUCUUGUCUGAUUUGUACGAGUGCUAAUCUGAGAUUUGGGAAAUAUAUAGGAAGAAAAUUGUAAUUGUGAAAGUAAUAGAAAGUGUUGUAUCUCUGUGUACGCUAAACUAGUUCCAAGAAACUGGUUCUGUUAAUCAAGAGAUUAAAACUGAUGGGGAUGGAGGAAGGGAUUAAGGAUAAUGCUUCAUCAGCCCCUAACCCGAGGCAUACAAACCAAUCUAGGAGUACUCUUUUACCUAUGCGAGGGCUUCAGGUUUUCUUGAUGUUCUUUGUUUUGGUUCUUGGAAUCUCAGUCGUUAGUAUGCACAUGAUCAAGUACUUAAAUAUUCAAACUUUGGCUCCAUCCGCACUGAUCUCUUCGUAUGAUGAGAAAGCAACGUUAGAGAGCUUUAUUAAGCCUCCAUUGAGUGCUUGGCACUUCAUGAAUGAUAGCGAGCUUCUUUGGCGUGCUUCGAUGGAGCCAGGGAGACUUGAAUAUCCGUUUAAAAGGGUUCCUAAAAUGGCAUUCAUGUUUCUCACCAAAGGACCUUUGCCGUUUGCUCCACUUUGGGAAAGGUUUUUCAAAGGGCAUGAGGGAUUUUACUCAGUAUAUGUUCAUGCGUUGCCAAAUUAUAGAUCAGGUUUCCCAAGCUCAUCUGUGUUUUAUGAAAGACAGAUCCCAAGUCAGCCUGUGGCUUGGGGAGAAAUGAGUAUGUGUGAUGCUGAAAGGAGGCUUUUAGCUAAUGCGUUGCUUGAUAUCUCUAACGAAUGGUUUGUUUUGCUCUCUGAAGCGUGCAUUCCUAUUCGCGGUUUCAGCUUUGUCUACAAUUAUGUCUCCAGAUCAAGAUACAGUUUCAUGGGUUCUGUUGACGAGGACGGGCCUUAUGGGAGAGGUAGAUACAGCUAUGCAAUGGGACCAGAAGUCCAUCUAAGCCAAUGGAGAAAAGGGUCUCAGUGGUUUGAAAUUAACCGAGGACUUGCUCUUGAAAUUGUUGAAGAUAUGGUUUACUAUCACAAAUUCAAAGAGUUUUGUAGACCUCCAUGUUAUGUGGAUGAACAUUACUUCCCAACAAUGCUCUCUAUUGGAAAUUCGUAUUCGCUUGCAAAUAGGACAUUGACUUGGACAGAUUGGUCAAGAGGUGGUGCCCAUCCAGCUACUUUUAGCAAAGCUGAUAUAACAGAGAGGUUCCUUAAGAAGCUUACACGAGGUCGAGGUUGCUUCUACAAUGAUCAGCAAACUCAAAUUUGUUAUCUCUUUGCAAGAAAGUUUGCGCCAAGCGCAUUGGGGCCUUUACUCAAACUUGCACCAAAGGUUCUUGGGUUCUAACGAGUCUCUUUUGUUCUUGUGCUCUUUUGGUUCUUGGUUUUUAUUCUGAAAUGUUUUUGGAAUUUGAGUGUAGCAUGGACACAACGGAUCAUUACUGUCUCCUUCCACACUGAUAAUAUAGACAUUUUAACGGCUA